AUGGCGGCCGCGCGGCUGUUUCUCCUCCUCUCACUCACGACACAUCCGGAGGGGGAGGUACAGGGACCGGAAGUGGGUCGCGCUUCCAAGAUGGCGACUCCCUAUGUGACUGAUGAAACCGGAAAAUACAUCGCCUCCACACAGCGUCCAGAUGGUACUUGGAGGAAACAAAGGAGAGUGAAGGAAGGUUAUGUCCCCCAAGAAGAAGUACCUGUGUAUGAGAAUAAGUAUGUGAAAUUCUUCAAGAGCAAGCCAGAACUCCCCCCGGGCCUAAAUCCAGAGGGAAACACCCCAGCGACCAAGCAAGCGCCAAAGGGACCGGAGAGCAGUGAGGUAGGACUCUCCAAGACAGCCAAGAGGAAUCUGAAGCGCAAGGAGAAGAGGAGGCAGCAGCAGGAGAGGGGGGAGCGAGACACAGAUGACCUUAUCCACUCACUAGAGAAAACAACCCUCUCAGCAACACACGGCAGCAGUGAAGAUGCCAGGCCAGUUGUGGCCGCCGGCAGCACAAGGCCCGCUGCAUGCAGUGGGGAUGCCUCGUCUGGUGCCGCUUCGGCCAUGUCAGAGAAGAACAAGAAAAUCAAAAACCUGAAAAAGAAAUUGCGACAGGUGGAGGAGUUACAGGCGCGGAUUGACUCUGGGGAGAUCAAGCAACCGACCAAAGAGCAGUUAGACAAGCUGGCUCGAAGGAAAGCUUUGGAAGAGGAACUCGAAGACCUGGAAUUGGAUUUGUAAGGGUUGGAAUUUGAACUGGACAUGAUGUGCAUAGGAACAAACCGUCCCCAGGGGAACAUUCUGAGAACUGUGCAGCACACAGAACACAAGUUGCUGUCUUCAGGCUCCUCCUUUGUACCUUUAUUUUAUUUUACGUUGGGUGCUGUCUGAAAUUUUUAAAGAAGUAUUUCUCUCAGCUAUUGAUGUUUUAAGAUACCAAGGACACUAAAACGACUUUGCUACCUGCCUGAAUCUUAUUCUAGCCACUUCUUCCCUUCCCCUGGUUACUGGGAUGGGUAGAUGGGAGUGUCAUUUGGCACAAUGGAGCUGACUUCCAGAGGCUUCCAAGUGGGUGGAAUGCUUCAUGUCUUUUCCCUUCCUUGUAUGAUACAUGUUCUCUGUAGUGGUCACUCCACCUUUCACCUUCUCCUAUUCCUCAUUUUUAAAAAGGAUGCAAUAAUAAAAAUUGCAGUAGUGA